UGCACAUGCAGAGGGGAGAGGGGACACUUGCUGGAGGCUGUUCAACCACUUGCCUUGUGACAUUUGGCACCACUAAUUGCCUCUCUGAUUAAUUAGACUACCUGCGAAGGUGCAAAUUGUAGCUGGGAGAUUCCCGGCUGUGCUGUGAACUCCUGCUGCCACCGUCUCUCUCUUAUCUCAACAUUCACCAUGACACCGGAUAGAGACGCCUGCGGGACACGAUGACAGCCGACAAGGAGAAGAGAAGGGCGAUCAGCCGAGAGGCGGCCAGAAGGAGACGACGGGUGGAGUCUGAUGUGUUUGGAGAUUUAUCUCGACUCCUGCCGCUUCAACCCACUGUCCAGGCUCACCUGGACAAGCCCUCGGUCAUUCGCCUCACCCUCAGCUACAUACGCACACAAGCACUGCUCAAAGAGAAGACUGGGACAAAAACCGAGGCCAGUGAUGUAGUAAAAUAUGGACAAGUGAUGGAAGGUGGAGAGAACCCGCGAGAGUGUGACGGAGGAUUUGAAGAGGAGGAGAAAGAAACUAUGUAUGUGGAAGCCUCGGAGGAGGCAAACAUGUACCUGAGGAUCCUGGAGGGGUUUCUGAUGGUCCUGUCCACUGAGGGAGACAUGAUCUUCCUGUCUGACAAUAUCAGCAAGUACAUGGGCUUGACACAGACUGAGCUGAUGGGACACAAUAUUUUUGAGUUUACUCACCCGGGUGACCAUGACGAAAUCAGAAGUAAUCUACGCCUUACAGCAGAGGAAAUUUGGUGCGGUGCCAAGAGGGACUUUGUCAUGAGGAUAAAAAGUGCUCUGACACACAGAGGAAGAAGCGCCAACCUCAAGUCAGCUACAUGGAAGGUUCUCCACUGUCAGGGCCGAGCGAAGGUGUGUAUCGCCCCAUCUUCGGUUUCCUGCCUGGUGCUGACCUGCCAGCCUCUGCCGCUCUCGCACACGCUUCUCAGCAUACACACCUUCACAAGCCAGCACAGCAUGGACAUGAAGUUCACAUACUGUGACCAGAGAGUGACUUCGCUGUUAGGUUACCGUCCUGACGAGCUGCUGGGCCGUUCCAUCUAUAAUAUCUGUCACACACUGGACACAAACUGUCUGACCAGAAACCAUCUGAACUUGUGUUGUAAGAGUCAGUCAGUCAGCGGUCAGUACAGGAUGCUGGUGAAAAAUGGAGGUUACGUCUGGGUGGAGACUCACAGCGCCGUCAUACCCAGCGUCCGGCCCUCCAAGUCCAGGUUGGGCGCCCACCAGCCACUCUGCAUCCUUUGUGUUACCUAUGUCCUCAGUGGUGUGGAGGAGCCGUCCCUGCAGCUCUCGUUGGACCAGACAAUCCCAAGAUAUAUGUGCUGAAGCUGCACUCUGAAGACAACAACAACAAAACCCUCGUCCAAAAAAACAACUAUCUUCUCUACCUCUGUGAAUUCUUAAUUCUUAAUAUUUUCAUUUAUCUAACUUUUAUUAGACAUAAAACUUUGCAAUGUAAAACGACUUGGUGUGUGUUUUUGAUUUGUCUGAGGAUAUCCACUUAUAUUAUUUGAUGUGUGCUACUAUAGAUAUACAGUAGCUUUAAUAUAUUUGAAAAAAGACAACUAAAAUGUUUUUUUUAUUUUAAGCUGUUUGAGCUCUUCAGUUCACACUUUUCACACUGUUUUGCAUAGCCGUUGCAAUAACACAACUUCUGUUACUCUAAAAGAAAACUGGAAGCUAUAGGUGUAGACUGUGGUUGACAGACAGUUGACGGGGCGUAGUGAGAGUUGAAAUUUGUUGAUGAAAGCAUGCAGUGUGACUCUUUCCUGACCUCUCAGGGCCUGACCUUACUUCCUGUAGGGUUUCCUUCUGGGCCACCUGACACGUGGGGUGACAUCUGACUGUCAAGCAUUAACACAAUGUACAGUACACACACACACACACACA